AUGCUUGUUUAUGUGUUUGUGUGGCUCUAUGGGGAGUACAGGGAGCAGUUGGGCAGCUUUGCCAGACGGGAGGCCGCGCGCCUGCUGACCGAAAGACAAUGGAAUGCCAGGAGGACCCAUGGGCGACCACACCACAUCACCUUGGAAACUGGACCGAGUUCCUCAGGAUUCAGUCAUACCUCCUCAGUGAAGAAAACCCGUCCUUACUCCAAAUGCCAAGACUGUCUAGCACGGAUCCAGAGGUACAUCAUAACCAAGCUUGGGGAGGAUUGGAUCUUUCUGGUUCUGCUGGGCCUCACCAUGGCUCUGGUGAGCUGGAGUAUGGACUACGCUAGUGCUAAGAGCUUGCAGGCCUAUAAGUGGGUGUACGUUGAGCUGAAAGGGAAUGUUGCGCUGCAGUACCUGGCCUGGGUCACCUACCCUUUGAUCCUCAUCACGUUCGCCUCGCUCUUCUGCCACCUGGUCGCUCCACAGGCCAUCGGUUCGGGCAUUCCUGAGCUGAAGACCAUCUUGAGGGGAGUGGUGCUGAAAGAGUAUCUCACGCUGAAGGCUUUUGUGGCCAAAGUCGUUGGCCUCACAGCUGGACUGGGCAGUGGUAUGCCUGUUGGGAAAGAGGGUCCAUUUGUGCACAUAGCUAGCAUCUGUGCUGCAGUGCUCAGCAAAGUCAUGUCCAUCUUCACUGGAGUCUAUGAGAACCCCUAUGGGUACACAGACAUUCUGACGGUUGGCUGUGCUGUGGGUGUAGGCUGCUGUUUUGGCACUCCUCUAGGAGGAGUCUUGUUCAGUAUUGAGGUCACGUCCACCUACUUUGCGGUGAGGAAUUACUGGAGAGGGUAUUUCGCCGCCACUUUUAGCGCCUUUAUCUUCAGAGUGCUGUCAGUGUGGAAUAAAGAUGCUGUCACCAUCACUGCUCUGUUCCGCACAAACUUCCGCAUGGACUUCCCCUUCGACCUGCAGGAGCUGCCUGCGUUUGCCAUCAUUGGGAUCUCGUGUGGGUUUCUCGGGGCGUUCUUCGUGUAUCUAAACAGGCAGGUUGUCUUGGUGAUGCGGAGGCAAACGGCACUCACACGAUUCCUCACCAGACACCGGUUGAUUUACCCGAGUGUUGUGACGCUGGUUAUCGCCACCCUUACCUUUCCUCCUGGGUUUGGCCAGUUCAUGGCCGGAGAGCUGAUGCCGAGGGAGGCCAUUAACUCCCUGUUUGAUAACUUCACCUGGACCAAAAUAACAGGCCCCACCCAUCCUCCUGGCCUCGGCCGAUCCGCCGUGUGGCUCCACCCACAAGUCAGCGUCUUCCUCAUCCUGUUGCUGUUCUUGGUUAUGAAGUUCUGGAUGUCUGCCGUUUCCACGACGAUGCCCAUUCCCUCUGGCGCUUUCAUGCCCGUCUUCAUUCUGGGGGCAGCAUUUGGUCGGCUGGUGGGAGAGAUCAUGGCUACUCUCUUCCCGAAUGGGAUUCUUUUUGACGGGAUUGUCUACCGCAUCUUGCCCGGAGGCUAUGCUGUCAUAGGUGCCGCCGCCCUGACUGGUGCGGUCACACACACUGUCUCUACAGCGGUCAUCUGCUUUGAGCUGACCGGUCAGAUCUCGCACAUCCUGCCCAUGAUGGUGGCAGUGAUCCUGGCCAACAUGGUGGCCCAAGGCCUACAGCCGUCCCUCUACGACUCCAUCAUCCAGGUGAAGAAGCUGCCCUACCUGCCCGAGCUGGGCUUCGGCCACAUCAGCAAGUAUAAUAUAUUUGUGGAGGACAUCAUGGUGAGGAAAGUGAAGUUUUUAUCUUCUCAGUCCACGUAUCGUGAGGUCAGUAACCUCCUUGAGUCCACCUCUCUCAAGACCAUCCCUCUGGUGGACUCCAAAGAAUCAAUGAUCCUACUGGGCUCCAUUGAGCGAUGUGAGCUUCACGCUGCCUGUGAUUGGUGGCUUUCGGCAGAGAGGCGGGUCUACUGCCAAGGCCAGGGCCUGCACAGUCCGGGGUCAAAGGUCAAGUGGGAGCCCUCCUUCACCUUUGUGGACGAGGAAGGAGGAGAGGAGAAUGGAGGAAAGACCCCAGAGGAGCGAAAUGGACCUCGUCCUUCCUCCAAGUGUCCGGACUGUGCCACUAAUUCAACAGAGAGCCGGGGAGUGUUUCAGACGGCGAGGAGGACCCUUCGACGACUUUUCUCCUCUUCCUCAUCAUCUGGCCAGACUGACAUCCAGGAGCCACCUCCAUCGCCAUUGGCCGAUACCAUGACACCCGAGGAGAUAAAAGCCUGGGAAGAAACCGAGCUGAACCAGCCAAUCAAUUUGGAUCAGGUCCGUGUGGACCCCUCCCCUUUCCAGCUGGUGGAGAGGACCUCUCUGCAUAAGACACACACACUUUUCUCUCUGCUGGGCCUCAGCCAUGCAUAUGUCACAAGCAUUGGGAAACUGGUGGGAGUAGUGGCACUCAAGGAGCUGCAGAAAGCCAUCGAGGGCUCGACUCGCAGUGGGGUUCGCCUGCGGCCGCCCCUGGCCAGUUUCCGGG